AUGACUGAUCUGGGCGCCAAGAGGUUUCCUUUCGUUUCGCCCUUCGUCGCUCUUGCCUACUAUGUAUAUCGAUCAAAUGCAGAAAGUCUUGUGACUCUGCCGCAAGACAGUGAAUGGGCAGCCGAGCCGUCAACGAGACCCCAGAUGUCCGGAUGCAACGGACAACGAGCAAGAUAUCGAACCGUUCAUCAAUGGCAAUUUGCUGAUGCUCACACUUGGGCGGCUAACACCCGUAGAGAAGAACCCGGCGAGUUACAACCGCCCCGGCCAUCCAACUAUGUCCCGAAUAAGAAGUCAUUACCAAGCAACGAGCUGGGAACGAAUGAGAUGCCGAUGACCGAGUUACCCCUCCUUCGUUCCUUCCUAAGAAGUGAUUCUACAUCCAAGAUUUUCGGCUUGGCUCGUCUAUACUAUACACAUACGUUAGAUUACACUAGGUACCAGGAGGUACUUGGCGACUACAAGAAUGUUACCUCUUGGUUGUCGGUUGCUUGA